UACAAAUCCCAGGGGAAAGCGAGUCCUGGAGGCGGAAGGGGUGGUCUGGGGCGGGGCGAGGCGGGCGAGGCCAGAGCUGGUGGCGGGGCUGUGCUCGAGCUGCGGGUGCUACGCGCGGGACAACAUGUCUGGGGGCAGCAGUUGCAGCCAGACCCCAAGCCGGGCGAUCCCCACCACUCGCCGGGUGGUCCUGAGCGACGGAGUGCAGCUGCCGCCCGGGGACUACAGCACCACCCCCGGAGGCACGCUCUUCAGCACCACCCCGGGAGGUACCAGGAUCAUCUAUGACCGAAAGUUCCUGAUGGAGUGUCGGAACUCGCCUGUGACCAAAACGCCCCCACGAGACCUGCCCACUAUUCCUGGGGUCACAAGCCCUACCAGUGAUGAACCCCCUACGGAAGCCAGCCCCAACCACCCACGCAACAGCCCAGAAGAUAAGCCGGCAGGUGGUGAAGAGUCACAGUUUGAAAUGGACAUUUAGAGCAUCUGCCUACGGAUCAAGCCACGCCUCUGGGCCUUUCUGGCCUUUCUCGGGAGAAGAGUCCCACCCUGCAGGCCUAUGGAAAGUUCUCGUCCUGGGCAGGCAUUAGGUGUGGGGUCUGUCAGCACGGCCCUGCGCUCCCCCACUCAGGGCCCCUGCUCCCUCUUCCUCCUUCGUGAACACCAGCAGAUACCUCCAUGUGCCUCCAUUCAAGCAGGGACUGGAGUCCACCCUGCAGCCUGGGGCCAGGAUACGUCAUGGAGGCGCCUACUGAAUGAUCUGUUAACCUGGCUCCUCCACUUCCCCACGGUGCGUCCACCCACCCCUUCUUUAGGUUGGGGUGUGAGGGAAAGCUUGUCUCCUCUGCCCUCCCCAAGAGGAAAUAAAAGCCACCUUUGCCCUAGG